CUUAUGAAAAACUCUAUAUAUGUGUAUAUAUAUGUAAAUGUUGCAACAAAAUCUACCCCUGGGGUGUAUGAGUGUGUGUGUGUACAUGAGAGAUCUCUCCGACACGAAUUAUUUCCGAUUGUUUUCGAUGACGUCACGUCAAACAGAAAUUUCGAGAAUUUAUGACAAAGUGACAAGUAGUUGCGCGGAAUUUCUUAUUUCUGGCAAUUUUAUCAGCAAAAUAUCGUGUGAAAAUCAAGGAGAAUUCCUAAAGGUAAACAAAAAGGGCGAUAAAAGCCGCGAAAUACGUGAAUUCUAUCCCAAUUUGGGUCAUUUGCAGUGGAUACUGUGUGCAGUGCAGGGCAACUGGUGAAGACACAUUGUGUGAAGAAGACGAAUUUUUGGGUUUUAUGCAAGAAAAAGGAACCAAAACAACAAUGACUACUCCUCCGACUCAACGUCCGCGGCUGACAGCGGUCGAAAUGGAGGCACUCAUUCCGGCCUUUGAUCCUGGGCAGAAAAAUGGGUUGCUCGCGGGAGAAUGGCUACGAAAGGUGGAUGAUGCAAGAAUGCUCUUCGAUAUGGAUGCUCAACAGUCGUUGGUAGCUGCCGUAUUUCGGCUUAAAGGUGCUGCGAAGGACUGGUACGAGGGAAAUCAAGGAGCUAUCAGAUCAUACGCGGAAUUUAAGAAGGAACUUCUUUUAAAUUUUCCGGAGAAACUCUCGAGCGUCCAAAUUCACCAUGAACUGAGGAUGAGAAAGCGAAAGAAAGAGGAAUCAGUGGAGGAGUAUUUUCACUCGGUGGUGAAGCAGGCCCGGAGGAUUAACCUACGGGAUGAUGAUAUCCGGGAAUACCUCAUCGAAGGAAUUCCAAAUGUGAUGGUUAAAGGACUGUUGUUGUCUGCUCCGGCUGGAAAACUUCCAGACUUUCUUAGCUACAUGAAAAAGGUGGAUAAAAUUGUGACAAAGGAUCGUGAGGAAUCGAGUCCCUCAAGCAGCAAUAGUUCAUCGGAGGAUAGAAAGUAUCAUCCGGACAAGAUGGUGAACAAAAAGAAAGAGACAGAAGAUAGCUCUAGUGAGGCAUCCCAAGGGGAAGAGACACACGAAGUGAACGUGGCGAAGGACAAGAAAGAGGGGGAGACAAAAACUGGAGCACAGAAGAGUGGAAAACGCCGAUGUUUUGCGUGCGGUUCGGAGGAUCAUCUAGUCAAGCAGUGUCCCCGUAAGGAGUAAUGUGAUUAUGAAGUUAACCAUUGACCAUAGUGAGGUCUCGUGAAGGUUGUAUGUCCAAGUAGGGGGAGAUAUUUUGAUGUAGAUGAUUUUGAAAACGCACUGAUGAUGGAAAUUAAUGAAAUCUUUUGGAAAAAUUUCAUGUGAAUCAGGGGGAGCUGACUGUGGUCGCAGCCCGAAGGAAGAAGAAGGAAGAUGUUGGGGAAACUUUUUUUUUGAAAUAAAGUAUUUGAAGUAUUGACAUCUUCUGAGCUCGAUGGGUCGUGUCAUUAGACUUUAGGUCUGUGGUUGUGUGUCCCCUUGUGUUAUCUCAUGAAGGCCCUGAAUUAAAGAAUCGAAAUGAAUUAAAAUUCUCGGGGGGUUGGCUCUUGUGAGGGGGGUGUCGCUAUCUUGGCACAAGCAUUUUCCUUGGGAAGGUACUUGGAGUCACAGUAGCGGGGAAUUAUUCUUCUAAUCGAGCUUGCUGCGUUGGUGGUGGGUUGGAUAAAAGAAGAUAAUUCCGUGUUCAAUGGCAUUUACGGUGAAUGUCGUUGGUGCUGGCAAUUAUGCCGUGUUUUCCACAUAAUUGUGGGAAAGGUCCUGUGUCAUACCAUCCGUGGGUGGAGAUUCACUGACCUUGGAUCAGUAAAUCUGAUCAUUUGGCAAUCUUGCCGUGUCGACCGCGCUGUGGUACGGUCGGGUCGAUUUAUUCGACUGUGGAUCAGUCAAUCUGGUCGUGUAAGGACAGCCGAGCUGAUGUGGGGAAAGAACGAAUUACGGGUGAGGUGGCGUGUUCCAAAACUGUGGACUCACUACGCUCAUCGGUGACAAGGGACGUCACCACAUCAGUAUGGCCGAAUGUAGUCCUAAUUUUUUCCAGACCCUAGUCUCAUGGCUAAUGGGUGGAGGGAAUGUGCGAGCUAAAUGUCCUAGGCUAUGCGGGUAUGUGUUAGCAACCUUCGUAUGCACGCUCCGGUAUGAGUCAGUCUAUUGCUGAGUUUCGUUGGGAGCGCAUGUGGGGCAUUUAGUUGGCUACGCCCUACCGCUCAAAUAAAAUCUCUAGGUAGUCCAACUUAA